AUGUCGGGAAGACCAAGUGGUGUAGGCGUCCGUCGCGGCGCAACACUGUCCCGCGGCAAGACCCUCUCUCGCCCUGACCGAUUCGUAACCCCCGAGACGAUGUUCAAGAAGCGUAAAGAGAACGAACCGGCCUCGUGCUGGGUGGUCUGCUCGCGUAUCACGACCUGCUGGGCCCUACCACCGGUCAUGCGCAUGUGUGGCAUCCACGAUAAAGCCGUCCAGCAGGCCUGGAGAGAGAAGGUGACGCUAUGUGCCAUUAUUAUGUUUAUCGGAGGCAUGGUCGCCUUCUUGACGAUUGGGUUCUCGAGGCUUCUUUGUCCUGAGAACCAACGACAGGGUGCCCAGUCCUUCCUGCGAUAUGAGAGUACUGCAGCCAACGGACAGUUCGGCGUCAACGGAUUCACCUACGACUUUACCCAAACGGGCUCGACAUACCCGCACGGAUUCAUAUACGCAAACAUGAAACCCGGCGGGGAUAUCAGCAACAUCUUCCAAAAGCUCACUCCUAGCUGUGCUGGCCUCACCAGCGCCGCCGCCCUCUUCAACAACUGCGACCGCCUAAUUGGAGGAUGUAACGAGACCUUUUCAAUUGACAGAGCCGGGACGGCGAUGUACACGCAUUUCAAGAUCCUCCCCAGUGCUCAGAAGCAAAGGGCGGGAUAUGACUGGAACCAGAUAGCGAACCCUGAGUUGAAGAACUAUAUGGUCAUUGAUGGAAAUGUGCUGAACUUGGAUCGUUACAUGCUUCGAUACCCCAGAGCUUUGCCUGGAGACGAGAUUGAUGUUUUGAUUCGGACGGUGUUGAGUUCCGACUAUCCGCAGGGAGGUCGAGAUGCGACCAAGCUGUUCUUCCGUCGGGAUUCGCUCAAGAACACGGCUACCUGCAUGGUCGAACAGUUUGGAGCGGGAUUCAUCGAUAAGGCCACGCCUGGUUGUUUUGCCGCCGAUCUGUACAUGUAUGUCUCGUUGACCGUCGUCCUGGGUAUUGUCGUCUCACGAUUCGUCAUGGCCACGCUCUUCGAUUGGUUUCUUUCCGCCAAGCUGGCCAGACCCCCACCCAAGAACAAGGUCCACACCAUGGCCUCGGCUGCCUCGUCUAGCUCGACUGUUGUCGCCCCCGGUCCUGGAGCCGUCGCUGCUGGUGCCGCUGCUGGUGCUGGAGGUGCUGCCUUGUCCCGCACCCCUACUGGUGCCAGUAUCGCAGGCGCCAAUGUCCAGGAACUCCAUACCAUCCUCUUGGUUACCUGUUACUCUGAGGGAGAGUCUUCCCUCCGAACGACGAUCGAGUCCCUGGCUGCGACUGAGUACCCUGACAACAAGAAGCUGCUGUUCAUUAUCUGCGACGGUAUCAUUACAGGAUCUGGAAACGACCGUUCUACGCCCGACAUUUGUGCCAGUUUGAUGGAACUCGACCCGGCUUUUGAUUCCGAACCCACGCCUCAGUCCUACAUCGCCGUCGCCGCAGGAUCGAAGCAGCACAACCGGUGCAAGGUCUAUGCAGGAUAUUUCCGCUGGAAGAACCGUCGUGUCCCCACGAUUCUGAUUGUCAAGUGCGGAAACGAGGAGGAGCACGAGAAGCCGAAGGCCGGAAACCGUGGAAAGCGUGAUUCCCAGCUGAUCCUGAUGAACUUCUUCUCCCGUGUUACCUAUAACGACCGGAUGACCCCCCUGGACUACGAACUCUUCCGCAAGAUCCAGCAUCUGAUGCAAGUCACACCCGACAAGUUCGAAAUUGUGCUCAUGGUUGAUGCUGAUACCAAGGUCUACCCGUCCUCAGUCCGGUUGCUCAUGAACUGUAUCAACAACGAUCCUCUCAUCAUGGGUUUGUGUGGUGAGACCAAGAUUGCCAACAAGCGUCAGUCGUGGGUGACGGCCAUCCAGGUCUUUGAGUACUAUAUCUCUCAUCAUCUCGGAAAGGGCUUUGAGUCUGUCUUUGGAGGAGUCACCUGUCUGCCUGGAUGUUUCUGUAUGUACCGCCUCAAGGCCCGCAAGGGUGACGACUGGAUCCCGAUCAUUACCAAGCCUGAAAUCGUUCAGGAAUACUCCCAGAACGUCGUCGAAACCUUGCAUCAGAAGAACUUGUUGCUGCUCGGAGAAGAUCGCUUCUUGACGACUCUGAUGCUCCGUAACUUCCCUCACCGCAAGAUGAUGUUCAUGCCCCAGGCUAUCUGCAAGACCGUCGUCCCCGACGAGUUUAACGUUCUCCUUUCUCAGCGUCGUCGUUGGAUCAACUCGACCAUCCACAACUUGCUCGAACUCGUCCUCGUCCGGAACCUCUGCGGAACCUUCUGCUUUUCGAUGCAGUUUGUUAUUCUCAUGGAGCUCAUUGGAACCGUCGUCCUCCCCGUCGCCAUGAUCCUCAUGAUCGUCAUGAUUAUCCAACUCUCGACCGUCACCUUCACCAACAUUGUCGAAGCCGUGCCCCUCAUUCUCCUCGUCUUCGUCCUGACCAUGCCUGCCAUCCUGAUUCUCAUCACCACCCGCAAGUUGAUCUACAUUUCCUGGAUGUUCAUCUACCUCCUCGCCCUCCCCGUUUGGAACUUCAUCCUUCCCCUCUACGCCUACUGGCACUUUGACGACUUCUCCUGGGGAGAAACCCGUAAAGUCGAUGGAGAGGCCAAGGGCGAAGCCCACGGAAACGCUGACGGAGUCUUUGAUGCCUCAAAGGUGCCCCUCAAACGCUGGGAUGAUUUCGAAAAGGCCCGUGUCCGCCAAGUCAAACGUGUCGAGCGCGCAGAACGUCAACGCGGUCAGGGAUCCCCCUACGCCCGGUCCCAAGGCGCACCCAGUGUGUACACAGAUGACAACGAGUCGGACAUGUUGAGUGAUUUGGGUCCUCAGCAGAUGAAUUACGAUUACUCGGGAAGACAGCUUAUGGGUCCUCCGCUGGCCGGGAACCAGGCGCGUUCGCCUAUGAUGGGCAUGGGUGGGUCCUCCCCACGGUUCGGCCCUCCUUCGCCUAACCUGGGCGCUCCUAUGGGUGGUGGAUGGAAUAACGGUCCGCCUUCGCCUGGUGGGAGACCUGGAGGUCCUCCUUCCCCGGGGAUGGGUGGGCCAAUGAUGCCUCCUCCUAUUAGCCCUGGUGGCAUGCGGAGGAACCGGAAUGGACCUAAUGAUGGACCUGGGUCUCCAACCUCCCCUCGUUCCCAGCACUAA